AUGGCGAGACGUCUAUCAUAUGAAGAAAAAGGGAAAGGCUUACAAUCAAAAACAGAAGCCCCAAGAACCGGACGGUUCAGAGUCCCAGAGUUCGAUAGCUCAGAACUCAUAAAGAAGCACGAGCUGACCUUGAUUGGCCGUACUACUAAUCCGAAGCUGCAACGUAUAUGGUCACUCAUUCCCUUCUUAUCAGACCUAUGGAAAACCAAAACCCGAGCAGUUGGCUCGGACUUAGGACAGGGGCUCUUCCAAUUUCAGUUCGCGUCUCAAGAGGAUAUGCAGCUUGUCCUCGCGAACAGACCUUAUCAUUUCGCAAGGUGGAUGAUAAUACUUCAGCAAUGGGAGCCCUCGAUUGACCCCACCUUCCCAUCUCAAAUCCCGUUUUGGAUAAGAGUCCAAGGUGUUCCGUUGCAUCUCUGGAACGAGGCUGUGCUAAGAGGAAUAGGUGAAGAUUUGGGAAAGUACGAAAGUUGUGAAAUACUCCCGGGCUCCAUCAAACUGAGAACACAAAUAAAUGGAUUACUACCGCUGAUCAAACAGUAUACUCUGGAACUCGGCCAGGGGAAGGAAAUCAUUGCUGCGCUUGUGUACGAAAAACUUGAGAAACAUUGUGGCAGAUGCCUAAUGCUCAGUCACGAAGCAGAGGACUGCCCUGAGGCUUUGCAAGAAAGAGAGGAGAAAGCGAAAAAAGACACUGAGGACAAACAAAAGCUGACCCUCAAUACCCGUCGUCAUGAGAAUGAAAGGACAGAGAGGGGCUACCAAGACCAGCGAAGGGGCCUCCAGAGAUCCGAAACGUAUAACGCAAGUCAACCACCCAAUCCGAAGAACUCCCGACAGAUUUACCGCCCUCCUGUGGAGAGAAGCUAUAAUAGGGAGAAUAGAUCUUGGAAGACAAUGGAAGAGGAAAGGUAUGGAGCUAAGUCCCAUUCAAGAAGGGAAGACGCUGCUGGUCAUCUGAGAUACAACCAUAGAGAUAGUCGUGGUACAGAAAGAUGGGUAACAACUGGACGGAGAUUCCAACACUCAUCUCGAGCUAGUGAGAGAGAACUUUUAAGAGAAGGGGAAAGAUCUGCCUCACAUUUCAGAAACAGUCGAGAAGAUGAAAGAUCUUUUGUGGGCUCACCUCCGGUGAGGGUAUUGGAGGGUUCGACAGGAGCCCCACACGCGGAUGAAGGAAGAGCUGAACUUCCAGAAAUACGAGAAGAACCAAUACCUGAUGAAGUUAUGGUAGAAGCUAGAGAGGAGCUUAGAGAAGUAAUGAUUCAAUAUACCUCUUGCGCAGAUCCAACAGAAAGCGCGGCCAGAAAAGAGAGACUGAGAAGAGCAGAGGAGCAAGGAGAAGUCGAGAAAUCAACUGAACAAAUAGCCAGACAGUUAAUGAAGGAAUCUAGGCCUGCAUUGGAGCUAGUAGACACUGAGCCGCUUGCCACAAGAGUCCCUGUAACCCAGAGAUUGGGACCGGCUACCCAAGAGGAAGAAAACGUUGGAGUCACCCUUGAGACGGGAAGAGUCCCGGCCAGGAAAAGACUAGGCAGACCCCCUACUAAGAAGCCCUUGGGCGUUAAUACAGCUACUGCAGGCUCCUCGGGGGUAGCAAAGCGAAAAGUUUCUCAAGUAAGAGUUUCCCCGAAGAGGAGAACGAGUACUAGACAAUCAAAACCUACUACCAAGAAAGCUGAGCUCUUGACAACCAAUAGAGGAAAUGGUAGCCAGCAGGGUUCAGUGCCAGGAAGCAGUAGACCGCCAAUUCGACUCAUCCCAGCGGCCUCAAAACAGAGGAAGGAUUUUCACAAUCCGCCUCCUCCAGUUCCUUAA